CAAAUCGCGCAGCCACCGGUCUCCCCUCACCGCGAGCAAGUGGCGGCGAGCCUCACGCUCGCCUCCCUCCCCGCAACCCACAAGACAACCCAGCCCCGACCCCGAGGGGAAGAACCAAAGCACCCGCGACGAGCGCACGCGUAGCAGCCCAACCGCAGCCAUGGCCGUCUCCGAUAGGUCGCGCAACGCGCUGCUCCCCAGCUUCCUCUACGCGGCCCCCUCCGCCGCCGCCGCCUCCACCCCUUUCUCUGCGGCCGCUGGCAUUGGUGGCCGCGGGCUCGUCGCACCGUCCCAUGCGGCGGCGACGAGGCCGGCGGCGUGGGCGCGGGCGCCUAGCGAGCCGUCCCGGAAGAUCGAGAUGUACUCGCCCGCCUUCUACGCGGCGUGCACGGCCGGUGGCAUCACCAGCUGCGGGCUCACGCACAUGACCGUCACGCCCCUCGACCUCGUCAAGUGCAACAUGCAGAUUGAUCCAGCCAAGUACAAGAGCAUCUCUUCUGGAUUUGGUGUUCUCUUGAAAGAGCAAGGGGCAAAGGGUUUCUUCAGAGGCUGGGUGCCUACUUUGAUUGGUUACAGUGGUCAAGGCGCCUGCAAAUUUGGUUUCUACGAGUUCUUCAAGAAGUAUUACUCAGAUAUUGCUGGACCUGAGAAUGCAGUCAAGUACAAGACUUUGAUCUAUCUUGCUGGCUCUGCUUCGGCUGAGGUUAUUGCAGAUGUUGCCCUCUGCCCUAUGGAGGCUGUGAAGGUUCGUGUGCAGACACAGCCUGGUUUUGCAAAAGGUUUAUCUGAUGGGCUACCUAAGUUUGUCAAGGCUGAAGGAUAUGCUGGAUUGUACAAGGGAAUUGUUCCUCUCUGGGGCCGUCAAAUUCCAUACACUAUGAUGAAAUUUUCCUCCUUCGAGACGAUUGUUGAGAUGAUCUACAAGUACACAAUUCCUGCCCCCAAGAGCGAGUGCAGCAAGUCUCUCCAGCUCGGAGUGAGCUUUGCAGGGGGUUACGUUGCUGGAGUGUUGUGCGCAAUAGUUUCGCACCCAGCUGACAACCUUGUUUCAUUCCUCAACAAUGCCAAGGGAGCAACUGUGGGCGACGCUGUGAAGAAACUUGGUCUGUGGGGUCUGUUUACUCGUGGUCUCCCUCUGCGUAUCGUGAUGAUUGGUACCCUCACUGGAGCUCAGUGGGGCAUCUAUGAUGCUUUCAAAGUCAUGGUUGGACUGCCAACUACUGGUGGAGUUGCUCCGACUCCUGCUGCCGCUGGAGAGCAGCUCAAGGGCUGAAGCUUUGAUUCUAUACUGCAUAUAAUAUCUGACAAGACUUUUUGGCGCCGAAUUGGAUGAGAUGACGAAAUAGCUCAUCUUUCAUCCUUUUAAGAGCAAAAUUUGAUUUUUUUUUCAGGACUGCCUAGCCGCGGCCCUGGUAAUUAGAAGUCCAAGACAGUUUAGGAACAAUUUUCGGCACAUGAUCGUCUGGUUUAGGACGAUUGCCUGGAACCAUAGCAUACGUUGCCCAUUUUUUUGAAUUGUUAUUAUAUGUCUCAGCUAAUCCUGGCAAUAAAAGCUGUAAUUAAGCGCUUGCUUAGGGUUAUAUAUUGCUGGACUGGCUUCACCAUCUUGUUGUUA